GUAAUGGCGUGCUUGGCGGGAAUUUUCAAAAGAUGCGGGAAAGUUGUGUAGUAGAUCGAAGGUUGGGACAUUUUUCGCUUUUUAUUUUGCUUUUUUUCCGUUAUCUUUUUGUAAGGAAUAAGAGAAAGGUAUAAUGUUUAUUGUAUUUUAUUUUCUAGUAGUAUUACAAGCCAGAUCUUUGUAGGGAGAGCUAAAAAUUUGUGAUUUCUGAAGGUACAUAUUUCUGUAGCGUUCUGAACAUCUGAUCAUAUUGUAUUUGUAGUUGAAACAUGCUUUUUGUAGUUCUUCUAUAAAUGUAUAGUGAUACAUUGAUUUUGCCAGCUAUAGUAGGUUAGAAGAUGCAUGAAUUUUGGACAGGUUGAUGACUUAAUAUAUUGUGGCUCACUCCAUAUAUUUACCUGCACACCCCCCUGUUGAGGACAUUGGAAUUUCUAAUAGCUCCCCCCCCCCCAAAAAAAAAAGUAUGCAAUAUUUACAGCAUCAGUGGCCGUGUUGUAUCGGAUUUUCAAACUUGAACCAAAUGCAAGAGUUUGUGUAUCUGAUACAACACAGAUGUGAAUGUUGUAAAGGGCUUGUGAAACAUUUGUAUUCUUCAAUAAGAGAAUGAGAACAUUUGUAUUCUUCAACAAUUUAAAAUAAAUUAUAUUUGGUGAGAAAAUUGAACUUCAAGUUUAUGUAAAUCAGCAUGAUUUUGUAUCAGAUACACAAACCCCUUCACGCCCAUGAUUUCUUUUGUGUUUUCUUCAUUGAGUUUCACAAUUUUCUUUAUAAAACAGGGCAAAAAUGGAGUUAAGUCCAGUUAGUGAAAACAGUAGAAUGGAAGUUGAUCUUUGCACACCAGCAGAAAAUCUCAAGAAACAUUGUCAAGAGAUCACCCCUGAUAACCCUAUGCAACCUGAGACAACCCCAUUACUUGGAGCAAAAAAGGUCAGCAGAAUGCCAACUUACAACUGCCUUGUAACAAGGUGGCAUUUGUUACGUAGCUUUGCAUGGGAGCAUGUACAGUACUCAUGUGAUCAUGCAGUACAUGGUGUCACAAGUGAAAAGUGAAAACAUCUAUGUACCAGAAUUUGCAUUUUGCUUAAGAUUAUCUUCUGAUGGAUGUGUACAAGUGGAUGUGUUAUGAAUGUUCAGAUGAGGGUCGACGCUACUCGUUCACAUGCAGGAGAAAAUCACACUAGGAAUCACAGCAAAAAUUACAUGUGUAAACAGACCUUAAAGGUGCUCUACAGUCCGUAUGUAAACAAAGCCUUUGUUUACAUUUUUGUGUCCAAAAUAUUGAGCUUUAUUCGACAACUAUUUAUAUUUUCAAGCUUCUAGAGUAUAAUAAAUGAUCAAGAAACAAUAACCAGGCUUUUCAAGAACCCAAAACAUAGUUAAACUGUUUGUAUCAUAAAAAGUGGGCUCCUUUGUGCACAUGUGCAGAUCGGACUGUAGAUCACCUUUAAGAAUGCAUUUGCAUAUUAAGAUUUGACUAUUUGUGUACUUUAUUCAAUUUUUUGAAGGCAAUUGCAGUUGGAUUUUCCCAAAAGUUGUCAAAAAGAAAGUUAUUUGGGCAACUUGUGGAUCAGGCGUCAGGUAAUGUAGGUUUCACUAAGCACCAUCGUGCAGCAGAUGGGUCAACCUGCAGUUUUCAGAAUGAGAAAAUAAUGUUAGUUCUUUUAUUUAUAUGUAAUAAUCUUUAUUUGGAGGGAAGUAAAUAGAAAACAAGCCACUUUGGCUAUAGAGUCUGUGACAUUAGUUAAAGGCACAGUUCAGCCUUUUGAAUGAUGGUUUUUAAGGUGCAUUACAACCCUUUUAAUUGAAAAAACUAACUACAAAAAUCAAUUCAGCAUAAUUCAAGAUCAGUGAACUCAAUGUUUUUAACAUUAAAAAUGUUUAAAAAUGUUAAAAACAUUGAGAUCACUGAUCUUGAAUUAUGCUGAAUUGAUUUUCCUGUAGUUAGUUUUAUUGUAAUGCGCCAUAAAACCCAUCAUUCAAAAGGCUGAACCUAACAUCUCAUCAUGAAAACGAGGCUCUAUAGCCAAGGUGACGUAGUUUCUGGAAUGCUGUUUUGAGAGCUCCAGAUUAAUUUGCUUGCUUUCAUAAAUGUGAACAUUUCAAAGGUUGACCGCCAUCUGCUUAUGCUGAGAGCAAUAACACAUAAAUUUCAUUAUCUUAGAAAAUGAAAAUGUUUCUGAAACCGUUCACAAAAAGAAAAGAUCGGAUCACGCUGUGAAGAAUGUUACGAACGACAACACACAAAAACGACUUCUCACUGAACGUCAACAACUUGCUUUCCUUCUCGAGGCGACCAGCACGCGCGAGAGCACGGAGGACGAGAACGACAGCACGUUUACGAAAGUCAAAUCACGCACAAGUAGGAUAAAACGAAACGGGAAAUGUGUGAACCCUCGCGUGUAUAGACGGAACGAACGAGGAGAGACGCCAUUGCAUCUCGCGGCUAUUAAAGGAGACAUUGUGAGCUUGAAAAAACUGAUCAAAGACGGCGCUCAAGUUGGCUUGAAAGAUUAUGCAGGUAGAUAAUAGAUAUAAUCGAUGAAUCAAUAAUCAAUUCACCUCUUGCACGUGACGUCACAACACAUAAUUCGACGUGAUUAUUUCACUUCCGCCAUUUUCGAUGGCAAAUGCUAAAUAAAAAUACCCACGGUGUACUUUAGCCGUUAAAAUUUCACAGGUUUACUUCAGUAGAGCUACAGUUGAUCAUGCUUAGUAAAAUUCAGAAAGGUUGUUUUCUGGCGAAUUCGGACGACAGUGGCUACGUUUGCUGACCACUUCCGUUGCAUACUUUCCACUUCCUUUGCCACCCAGAAUCACGUGAUUCCCACGCGACUGUCUUACUCUAAAACAGCACGAUCUAUACUGGCAAUGGUUCUGGAAACAAAUAAUACCUGAUAUGUUCCUGACAGUUGGUCAAAUGCAGUUCUUCGACACACAGAUUAUCCUUCAUUCUAGAGGUUCAGAUUUGACUACCAUUGAGGGACCAUUAACCAACCAUAUGCGUUUGAUAUAUCCAAUUAACCAAUCAGAUGUGUUUGAUAUAUAUGAUUAACCAAUCAGAUACGUACUAAGAGGUAGCGGAAGUCAAAUCUGAACCCCUCUAGCUCUUAUCCAUCAAGACAAACUACGAACACAAAUUUAUCCGGAGUAAACAAACUAUGCAGAUAGUCCAUCUCAAUGGAUGAUCUGUGUAUUUAUUUUCCAUGUUUGUGCACUGACAACUUAUCAGACAAAGCAAUUUCUUUUCUUUGCCGUCUUGUAGUAUAUCAGAGUCCGGUUCAGAUCUAACUUCCGCCACCUGGCCAUGGGUUUAUAGGCAUUUGAUUGGUUAACGGUAGCAGAAGCGUUAAUGGAAGUCAAAUCUGAACCUCCCUAUUACAACAUGUCAGUCAAUUAAUUUAACAAACUAACUUGGACUGACAGUAGUGUGAUAUCAUUGUUCAGGUUGGACAGCUCUGCAUGAAGCAUGCAACCAUGGUAAUCUCGAAGCAGCAAAAAUUCUGGUAAGACGUGGUGCUGGAGUGAAUGUCUCAGGAUUUGAGGGUGACACACCACUGCAUGACGCUGUGGUGAAUAACCAUGUCGAGGUAAUAUUGUUUGCAAACGUUUCUUUAUACAAGUCAAGGCUAUACAUGCUUCUUAGUUUUCCUUGACAAACUAUUGUUAAACUUCAAAUGUGUUUUGUUUUUCAAGGUUGUCAACAUGCUGCUGUCUUGCGGUGCAAACCCACACCAGACAAACAUGCGAAGGAAAAAACCUACAGAUCUGAUCAGCACUAAAGAGAUGAGCGACAUCUUUAAUUUACGUGGCAUACUACACACAGGUUUUGAAAAGGCAGAUAUGAAAGUUCUCAGUGAAGAAAUUGCUGCUGCGGGCAGCACGGAAAAGGUACAUGUACGCGCGAUCGUGUGUACUGAGCGUUUCUUGAUAUACGUUUGCAAGUAAAAUUUCUGCUGCUUUCUAUCGAAUUAUGAAGCGAAAACUAAACCUUAAUCUUUAUCUGUUAUUUCGCAGACCCAUAAUCCAGACAACGAGCGAUCACAUGCGAGAGGUUCUAUUCUAGGGAAUGAAAUACAACGCAAAGAAACUCAGGGAGAGUCAAAAAUGGAGAAACCGGUUAUGUAUAUCUGUAAACUGGAACCUCGCAAUGAAGAGCUGACUAUGCGUACUACACAAGUGACGUCAUACAAGAAAUGUGGCAAUGUAGAGGAGGAUGGAGGGACAGACCCCAAGAACAUUGCAAGUGAAGGUUGCAAGGUACAAAAACCAGACACGCCAAGGAAAGAAGCUUUGGGUAUAGGGAAGACAGAUAGACAAGAUGAUUUUCCAACUGAAAUAGAAAGCUUCACAUCUCGCCCUGGAAAUGAGUUGAAGAAUGAUGCAUCGUCACUUCAAGUUGCAAGCUGUGGUCAGCCUGAAGUUUACGAGAACACGGAAAACAAGUUAUCUGUGAGCACUUCUGCCUUUAAAACGGGAGCCAAAGAGAGGGAAAACGAAGUCGUUUCAAGCAACAAUCGCGAUGAAGUAAACGUGAAAAGCACAGUGAAGAUGCCUUCCUAUGGAUCUGAAAAGCUUUCCUCUCGGUCUCAAGAAACAGAACACUCCGGAAACGAACACGUUUCAAUAAAAAAUCACGAGAAAACGAAAGAAAAAUUGGAUGUAUCUUCUAACGGUUCCGAGGAACUCGAUAACCGAUCUGAAGAGAUAGAAAUCUCAGGAAAGAAGCAAGAUUCAAUCAGUGUGCAGGGUGCAGAAAACGAGAAUACCAAAAGAUAUCCUUCAUUUACGGCUGCGUCUGAAGAUCCGCCAACCGAAUCUCGGGAGAAGAACUCUCAAGUUCACGUGGAGAGAAGUAGAACUCCAGAGAUUGACGAGAGCAUUGCCGUUGAGGUUUUAUCGACAGGACUUUUUUCUGGAGCUCCUGGGUUUUCACAGUACUACGGCUCUCUGGGGCAGCAAGAUAACGUGAUGACGAAUCCCAGUUAUAUUUAUAGUGAUGUGUCCGUAACUGACGUCUCUGGGAGCCAGCGAUUUGAGACACCGAAGAUUCAUAGUUAUAGUUAUGGAGGUGUAUCUGUCGCAGAUGAAGAAACGCCCCUUGAAGAUUCAGUGGAGCAAGAGGCAAGCGAACAAUCUUCUGUAUCAAACGAUGAACUUUUCCUCGACGUUGAAGGUUUAGAAUCUGACCUGAAAGAAAAUGAACCAUCACUAGAAGUCCGUUUGCUAAAGAAAGAGCAAUCCGCGAAGCAAUCAAGAGGUAUGUUUCACAACGCAUUAUCGUUGAUGGUCAACUUGCAGUUAUCUGAAUGAGAAAAUAAUUUUAAUACUUUUCAUUAUAAUAUCUAGCAGCCUUGUAUCGAGAGGCAAAUAAAUAGAAUUAAGAGAUGUAGUUUAAUUUUCUUCUAUCAAUGUCAACACUUCUGAAGUUGGUCACCAUCGGAAGACUGAAGUACUGUAGCCUUACCGUGAAACUCAUCAAUACAAGUUCUUUCUUCUUUAGAGCAAGAAAAUGUAAUCUCUUCCACAUCACAUGAUAACGAUGAUGAGGCGAAGUCCAAAGAACAUGCGGCAUCUCUUACUCCUAUGAAUGAAAGAAGCGGACUCCUAACUGUUUCCGAAAGCAGACAAAUAAGAAAGCAGUCUAAUGCUUAUGGUACUACCCAGACGUAUUUAUCAAAUUCGUAUGGUGGAACGAGUCAAUCAGAUAGCUUGGGUGCUUUGAAAGUAACUGACCAACAUGGGAACAAGUUUACAUCAGAAAAUAUUGUCCUGAAUACAGAAAGAAGCGAGAAAACGAUUCUGGAUCGAUCCUCUGCGGUGGAGCAUACUCACCUUGCAUCUUGGAAAUACGAUGACACGACUUCGGAGAAAGAUGGUACUAGAUUCGGGGAAGAAAUGGUUUCCGAAGUAAGACCGGUAAAAAGAGGCGGAGACAAUGUAGAUGACUUUCGACCUUGGCAACUAGAGAAGAAACGAGGAAGAAGAAAAGUCGACUUAAUAAGAAAAUCAACAACCACCCUGGAGGAUGACACCACCAGACGAAAAGCUGGACAACCGAUUUCAAGCAGCGACCAUGGUACAUCUUGGGAGGCAGACACAAGGUCCACAACUGGUCGACUUCAAAGGGAACUACGUAAUUCCCAGGCUGGCAAGGAAAGCACAAGAUUAGCAACUGGUGUCAACAUGGCAGCCAUGAAGCCUUCAAAGCCCACAGUGACAUGGCAGUCGCUCAUGGCCGCUGGAAGAUGUCAGUUAGCUGAGCUGAGGGUCCCUGGUUAUGAUCAGUUUUUAAUGAAGACCAAACAAUAUGAAUUGGCAGUUAAUCAGGAAAAGGUUAGUUUUUGUUCGUUGUGUAAAAUUGUUAAGUAAUUUGAACUGAAAAGAAGUAGUACUUAUCCGUCUAACCACAGUUAAUUGGUUAUUAUUUCACCUCAGUCACACGUGAGAAGUGUCUUUCUUGUUUGAUUUUGCCACACUUCGCAGAUUUUCCCCCGUUAGUAACACCAAUAUUCCUGAAAUGCACUUACAGUAUUAUUUUUUUGUUUUCAGGGUACUGAAGUACCAGCUCAUUCAACAGAAGAAAGAGAGAUAUCUUUGAAACGCGAAAAAUCUAAAGAAGAACUGUUAAGAAAGCAAAGAAGUGAACAGGUAUAAGUUUAAUUGUUAACCCAUGCCAUGAAGUGGCAAUGCGCCCUACUUUGUUAUUUUACUAUCGCCAGGGGAGAGAGCGCUGGCACUCGAUGGAUUAAUCUAUCUGCCCAUGUGUCUAUAGGAGAAACUACAACUGUGCAUGGAACAAGAGAUCGUGAGAUUUUACACGAAGAAAGCGUACUCUUCUCUCAAAUGUAACCAGCCACCUGGAGUUUGUACUGCGAUAUACUGGCAAAACAUGUCGUCACGGCAACUACGGAGUGAGGUAAGAAUAUCAGACAUUUCACUCGAUACAACUUUCCUGUCAGAGGGCCGAUAGUUUUCGCAACUGCUCCUGGCUAGGUGUAAUAAAUGUAUAAAAUUCCACUCACAAUUUCCAUCUACAAUUUCAAUCCACUUAGUUUUCCUACUUUAAGAAUAAGAAGUUAUCUCAGAAGCUGCAUUUGGAGACAGAUCAAGAUUCACCGUCCGACCAUCAAGAAAUUACUGAAAAAUACGAGAAACUCAAG